CUCCCGGUGCCCGCAGCCCAAUGGAACCCGGGUGCCCAUGGAAGUGGUGCUGCUGAAGAAGGUGAGCUCGGGCUUCUCGGGCGUCAUCCGGCUCCUGGACUGGUUCGAGAGGCCCGACAGUUUCGUGCUGAUCCUGGAGCGGCCGGAGCCGGUGCAGGACCUCUUCGACUUCAUCACGGAGCGGGGGGCCCUGCAGGAGGAGCUGGCCCGCAGCUUCUUCUGGCAGGUGCUGGAGGCCGUGCGGCACUGCCACAGCUGCGGGGUGCUCCACCGCGACAUCAAGGACGAGAACAUCCUCAUCGACCUCCACCGCGGCGAGCUGAAGCUCAUCGACUUCGGGUCGGGGGCGCUGCUCAAGGACACCGUUUACACGGACUUUGACGGGACCCGAGUGUAUAGUCCUCCAGAGUGGAUCCGCUACCAUCGUUACCACGGCAGGUCGGCAGCGGUCUGGUCCCUGGGGAUCCUGCUGUAUGACAUGGUCUGUGGAGAUAUUCCUUUUGAGCACGAUGAGGAGAUCGUCAGGGGCCAAGUUUUCUUCCGGCAGAGGGUCUCUUCAGAGUGUCAGCAUCUCAUUAGAUGGUGCUUAGCCCUGAGACCAUCCGAUCGGCCAUCCUUUGAAGAAAUCCAGAACCAUCCGUGGAUGCAAGAUGUGCUCCUGCCCCAGGAAACUGCUGAGAUCCAUCUCCACAGCCUGUCGCCAGGGCCCAGCAAAUAGCAGCCUUUCCGGCAGGUCCUCCCCUCCUGGCAGAUGCUCCAGGGAGGGGGAGCUUUUGUACCAGUGACACUUCUCACCAAGCAGCACAGUGCUUGAUACAGGAACAACAUUUACAACUCAUUCCAGACCCCAGGCCCCUGGAGGGGCCUCGGACAGGGGGAAAGAAAUUCCUCUGGGUGUCCUAGGCCUCAGUUCCUCGUAGAUGCUCUCUCCUUCUCAUAGGUGUGCAGCCAGCAUUGCUGGACUCUGCAAAAC